UCAUUUAGCCUAUUACUGUGCUGUUGAAGAGUUUUAUCAACAAGUUCCGAAGUGUUAGGGGCUUUUUGACUGUUCUGAUUCUUGUGGAAUUUUGGACCCUGCAUUUAUUCGGCAGAAUGAUGCAACAAAUUCUGAGAGACUUGUACAUUGAUCCAGACCUUCUUGCUGAACUCAGUGAGGAGCAGAAACAAAUUCUGUUCUAUAAGAUGAGAGAGGAGCAGGUUCGACGCUGGAUGGAAAGAGAGAAUCAUGAGAGUGUUAAGGAACGAGUGAGGAAGAACAAAAAGAGUGCCAACAAGGCAUUGCGCUGGCUACAGGGCCAAGAUGGAGAAGUCUGGGUAUGGAUAAUGGGUGAAGCUCCUGGAGACAAGCCCUAUGAGCAGAUAUCAGAGGACCUCAUGGCCGAGCGAGCAAGGAAACAAGCUCAGAAGGAGGCCCAGGAGUUGUGGCGGGAGAAGGAAGCUGAGAUAGAGAGGAAGUUUCGAGAUGCAAUGGCUAAGGAGAAGGCACGAUUUGUAGCUGAGAAGUGGCGGGAAGAAACCAAGAUACAGGAGGAACUGCGGAAACGGGAGGAAGAGGAGAGGCAGCGUGGGGAGGAAGAGAUACGACGCACAGAAGAGAAGAGGGCAAAGGAGUUAUACAUCAGUCUCAAGCAGCAGCAUGACGACAGGCAAAAUGACCGAGAAGAUAAAGAGUGGCAAGAGCAAUUGAGAAAGUCUAAAGCUGCAGAUGAGGCAAGGAAAGAGAAAGCUCGAUGUGCACGAAAUGAAUCUAAUCGGCAGUCUUUGAGAACAAUUGAGAAAGGUCGUGUUGCAGGUCUCAGUGGAGUUUUUCAGAAAACCAGCAUCAAUGACACUGGAUCAGCCCGCCGAAAUAGUGCCAGUAUUGCCAAUACCACCUCAUCUCCAGUAGCUGUCACUGAUCCAGUUCAACUUAAUAAAAGUGAACAGAACCACAGGCACGUCAUGACCACUGGACAUCCUGCUAGUGACAGUCAGUGGACUCGGUCACCAUGGCCCAAGUCUCGGGAUUCAGUGAUGCAUUGGUUCCAAGAGCAGCAGCUUCCAAAGAGAGCCGGCUUUGAAAGGAACAGUCAGGAUAUAGCACCUUGGUUUCACGGUCUUAUUACCCGACAAGAGGCAGAGUCUCUCCUCAUGAAUGCCUCUGAAGGCUCCUUCUUAGUUCGUGUUAGUGAGAGAAUCUGGGGGUACACCCUUUCCUAUCGCCAACAGAGUGGCUUUAAGCACUUUCUGAUUGAUGCCUCCGGAGAUUAUUACAGUUUCCUUGGCGUCGACCAAAUCCGCCAUGCUACUCUAGCUGACCUGAUUGAAUUUCACAAGGAGGAAGUGAUCACAACAUCAGGGAGUGAGUUACUACAGGAAGCAUGUGCUGUGAAAACUUCUGCAAAUGACUGUGGUGGACUGUUCCAAUGAAGGAUGAUGACACAGAUCAGUUAAUGUGGAAUGAAAAACACAUCUGCUUUGUAGAGGAAGCACACCUUUAAUCGCACACAGCACACUAGCAGCAUGAAAGUUUGCAAUAAACGCACCACUAAGCAACCCACACACAGCAGACAAGCUCAAUAGCAGUUAGAUGUGACGUCCAAGGCAAAUGUCACUGAAGCGGCUAUGGCAUUUAGUAGAAUGGACACAAAUGCUUACUAGUCUUGGCUUAGGAACCUGCCACUAAUAGAAUUAGAAUUUGAGCUUAAGGCAGCUGGAAGACAGUGAACAUGCAGACUGGAACUGGCGGCGAGAUCUUUCAGAGCAGAUGGGGAAUGAGGCACUUGUAGAAAAUGUGAUACUGGGAAAAUAAGUAAUGAAGAUACAUUAUCAGCCCUUUCAUUCU